CUGGAUCUUGCGUGUUCCUAACACCCCUCUUAUACCUUCACCGAGAGUAUGUCAGACUCCGCUAGAACGUGGUCCAACCAGGAAACAGAUCCAAUCCGCUUGCUUGUACAAACAACACCGGCUUCGCGCCAUAAACAAAUGCUAGCGUUGUCACUAUCUCCCCCAAACGCCGAGCUAAACACUACGGAUGCAAAGCCAAAAGCAGUCCAUGGGGCCUCCGGGUCCCUUGGGUCCCCCUUGUCCAACGCAGCUUCGAACAACAGUACCACCAAACACAACAUGCGAGCCGUCUCGCCCACAAUCUCCAACGCUUCUUUAUCAAAAGAGCCAGUGUCCCGAGGCAACGUCGUCCCAACUUUGCAGAGUGCCCUGUCAAAUAUCCAGUCUGUGGUUAUUAACGAGAUCCAAGACAUGCGCUCUUCCUUCGUAAUUGACGAUUUGGCGUCCUUACCGCCCUCUCAGCUGGUGCUGACGCCGCGGGCGGGAAGAAGUGCCAGAAAAGCGGUAUCCAGAAUGACCCCUAACAACCAUACCUCCCAAACCUACAAGAUUCCCUUAAAUGUGAAUUCCUCGGGUAAGAAGAGAUACCAGAUCACGCCCGUGGCAACAAGGACUCUAAGGAAUAAGGUAGAGAGCAGUGAGGAUGAGUUUGACGAUGAAAUCGACACCACAAUCAGCAGGGCGCGCAGUGCCAAUGUCUCUUUGCGAAAGAAAAAAUCAGGGAAGGAGGAAAGGGCUUCCACGUUGAGCACGUUUUCCAUUGAACAGCGGUUUAAUCCGAGCAAGACAGCCAUGAAUGCGUCUCCCAAGUUUACCAAACAAUUUAAGCCGAGCCAGAUGGUCAUGGAUACGUCACCCAAGCUUAACCUCACCCAAGGGCCACCGAGUGCCAACCCUCCGCGCUCUUACAAGCCGUUUUCGUCAUCCUACUUGCUCGACCAAGCCGAUGAUGACUUGCUAGACCCAGAUUUCCCACAUUCUCAUUUACAAGAAGUGCCCUCGGUCCAUGGUGCCAUAACAGACAGCGACGAGGAUGUGAUUCUUGAUACACCACAGAACACCUCGUUGCAUCCAGCUCAGCCCACUGCUCUGAAGUCGACCCCAAAUUUGGGACACGACACCACGCAGCGGGUCCAAUCCCCUGAUGUUUCGGUUGACGUGCUAUUGAGCAGAAUCAACGAUACCAUCAAUAGCAUCAAGAAAAGAGAAAAGAGCGAUAGGUCCCACAGAGAGUCUCCUCGUCUCUCAACCUUCUCUAUGGAUUCCACGGCCAAUCCUGCUCCGGUUAAUCGAACCCUUACGAGCAAAGACUUCUUGGCAGCAUACCCCGCCGCUAAUAAAUCCAAGGUGGCAUCUUCUCCCCAAAGAAACACGACUGUUCGUGAGGAAAGCGAGCUGGUGAACGAGACGAUUCCCGGAAACAACAAUGCCACCAUCCUCUCCGCUUUGAAUAACCCAACGAGACUGGUGACGUACCCGGUGCUCUCUCCGCCCAGAAUGUUUGCUGGAAGCAAAGGUGAUGGUCCGCCCAACCAGUUUUCUAGAAUCAAGCUCAACACGCCUCAAGCUACACACAUUGAUCCGCAGGGAAUAACCACACAGUCCACUUUGAUCAGACCGAAGCCUAAACUGCAGCACUUGGUUUCUGACAGACCCCUGACCUUCCAAUCGCCCUCUUCUCCGAUUAGGAAUGCUGGAUCGCGUCGGGAGAGCAGCUCCCGCAGCUACGAUAUAUCAAACGCCAAAUUCACCCCUCAGCAGUGGACAAAUUUGCGCAGAUUCAUCGGCCAAGUGAACGACGAAACGAGCGAUAUUAUGACCCCUACGGUGUUUUACAAGGCUAUCAACCACCAUGGCAGGUUGAAGAAUAUCAGUCCCGGUGUCGAUGGUGGUGUGGCCUACGUCGCGGAGGAUCUCUUGGGUAUAGACUACCAACCGAGUAACAUCAACCAGGUGAUCGACCACUUGUAUGAACGUGUGGUAUUCUUACAGAAGUACAGCUCGUUUCAAAAGCGAAAGAGAGACAGUGCCAGUGUGAGUGGGUCAGAAAGAGGUCGCUAUAAACGGAAAAAGGUGUAGGGCUAAUCUCAGGCUAGCUAUUCAUUUACAUAAUGGGAGUAUAUUAGAGG